UCUGCGUUUUGGCCGGCGAAUCGCCGAAAUUUCGGUAGCACGCAGUGUGUUUGGUGGCGAGCUUCUACAAGUUGCCGCCAGGGGGACGAGACGGCAUGAGCCGAUCUCCAGUGGUGCCUCUGCGCGGACAAACAGUGAUGUAGUGGGGGUGAGCAGCACCUUGUGUAGCCCUCUCGCUGGUUGAUGGCCUUUUUCGCACCCCGCAUCUGACACUUUCCUCCCUUAUGUGUGCAUCGCCCACACACACACGCCCUCGACUCGCUCGCUUCUCUCUCGUCGGCUGUCACUUCCAGUUGCAACGCAGUCUCGUUGUUCGCUUUAAUCUGCCAACAGCAUGCAACAAUUGAGUCCCCUCGCCUCCGAGCUCGCCACCCGCCUCCGCCGCCUCCUCGCCAAGUGCGAAAAGGCCGGCGUGCCGCCUGCCUCCGUCGCCUCCCUCACGGCCGCCCGGAAGUUGAGGGCGGCCGCCUUCAGCAGGAGCGGCUGCAAGUGGCCACCUCUGAGAGCCACCUGUGUCGCAGGUGCAAUUUUCAUCUGCUGUGUCGGGUGGUUUACGGGGCUGCUCCUCACCCCUGCGGUGGUUUCUACUUACCUGUCUUGGUGGGGAGGAAGCAUCCAAGAUGAGAAGUGCUUGCUGGCGAACCCAGAUUGGUUGCAAGACUCGACUCGGCCUCCUGAAGACUGUUCUAUCUGCGCUGGAGUCGACACGGUGGACCGCGUUUCGCAAAUCUCGCCCCAACUCUUCGAGCAAAAGUACGCAUACAGUGGCCGACCGGUGGUGAUUGAGGACGCUAUGCGCAACUGGACGGCGCCAAGCAUCUUCAGUCUCGACUUCUUGCGGUCCUUAUACAGAGACAGCCCUCAGCCCAACUGCCAGUUCUUCCCGUACAAAACGGAGUUUCGUGGGCUGGCCGAUUUCUUCAACAUGAGCGAGGAGCGAGCGACCGGAAAGCCGUGGUACGUCGGCUGGAGCAACUGCGAUGAUAGAGUGUCACGGCAGCUGCGACAGUAUUACUCUCGGCCGUAUUUUUUGCCGGAAAACUCGGAAAAUAAGCAGAUGGAUUGGAUCUUUAUCGGCAGCCCCGGAUACGGCGCGCACAUGCACGUUGACAACGUAGGAAGUGUUUCGUGGCAAGCGCAGCUCAAAGGCCGAAAGCUGUGGGUUUUGCAGCCACCCCCUGAGUGUCUAUAUCGCUGCUCCAUCAUGCAGACAACUCUCGAGCCGGGAGACAUAAUUGUAUUGGAUACUGAUCGGUGGUAUCAUUCAACGCUGAUAGUCUCCGACGAUAUUUCCAUUACCAUAGGGGCGGAAUUUGAUUAAAAAGCACGCACCGCAUAUACGUUACCUUAGCUGUUCCACGAGAAAUAAAACACGUACGAGAAUAGAAGCAGUAAA